GUUUGUGUUCCAGGGAAAAUUUUCCAUUUCAAAUAUUUAUUGUGAAAUGGAAUAUGAUAAUAAUGAUCCAUUCAAUAAUGGAUAUCAACAACAAUCGAAUAAUGUAAUGUCAAAUGAAACAAUAUCGAAUCAUCAAUCCGUAAAUUAUUCAUCACAUGCAAAUGUAAAUGUUAUGAACGAAUCACUGUCAAAUUCACGACGAAUUUUUGAUCAAAAAUUUUUAUUUGAAAAACUAUUCGAAUCGGCCAUAAAUCAGAUGCAAGAUAUUCAAAAUUCUGAAUAUAAAAUUCUUGAAAAAAAAUUUGAUGAAAUUGAAAAUCAGUUAAUGUCUCGUGUGGAUAAAAUCGAAAACAAAGUGAAUGAAUGUUCAAAAAAUGUUGAAUCAUUGGCCGAUGAUUUUAUUGCCCAUAGACAACAUUUAUUGGAUCAUCCAAAUCUAUUGAAACCAAUUCGAAGAAGGCGAUCAACGAUACGAGCUAGACCGAUUCAGCCAUCACCAGUUUGGACAAUCGAACCGAUAACAGAAAUCCAAACAAUUCAAUCAACUGAAACUUUAUUUCAAAAUGAAACAUUAAAACAUUUGAUUCGAGAAUGUUUGAAAGAAAAUAAUGAUUUAUAUCAAAACCGACAAAAUUCAUUAUCAAAUGAAAAUGAAAAUAAUAAUCAAACAUUGACCAAUACGAUAGAAAUGGGUGAAAAUUCCAAACAAUUUCCAUUGUUCAUUAUGUUCAUUUUCAUAUGAAACGGAAGAAAUUCUAAAUCGUCAUCUAAAAACUCAUCUACCUGGUC